CGUCCUCAUGAAUAUUAAUGAGUAAGCCUUCGCUACUGUAGCGUUCGAUGGCGGGAUGUUUGUGAUCUGAAUGGCUGAAGUAGCAGAUUCUUGGUUUCUAGGGUUUGAUUUCAGCACGCAACAGCUGAAAGUGGUCGCGAUUGAUGGAAAGCUUGCGGUUGUUCACCAGAGCAGUGUUCAGUUCGACAGCGAGCUGCCAGAGUUCAGGACUCAUGGAGGAGUUCACAUCCACUCGGACCAGCUGACGGUCACGUCUCCAGCGCUCAUGUGGGUGAAGGCGCUUGACGUUCUCCUGGAGAAAAUGAGGAGUGCUGGGUUUGACUUCUCUCGAGUGAAGGCCGUCUCAGGCAGUGGACAGCAACAUGGCAGUGUGUUCUGGAGGAAGGGCACGAGACGAACCCUCAAUCAUCUGGACCCGCAGAAACAUUUACACGUCCUGUUACAGGACAGCUUUGCGCUGCAGGACAGUCCGGUGUGGAUGGACUCCAGUACGUCCGGUCAGUGUCAGUACCUGGAGGAGACACUAGGAGGCGCUCAAAGGCUUGCUGACAUCACUGGCUCACGAGCGUAUGAGCGCUUCACUGGAAGUCAGAUUGCAAAGAUUUAUCGCUUGAAGCCGAAUGAAUUCAGCGAGUCGGAGAGGAUAUCGCUGAUCAGCAGCUUCGCCUCGACGCUGUUCCUGGGCGACUACGCGGCGAUCGACUUCAGCGACGGUUCCGGGAUGAAUCUGAUGGACAUUAGUGAGAGGCGUUGGUCUCAGGCGUGUCUGGACGCCACAGCGCCGGGGUUGGCUGGAAAGCUCGGUGAUCUCACACCGUCUACAGCUGUUCUGGGCUGUGUGUCUCCGUAUUACGCUGAGCGCUACGGGUUUCCUCCGAGCUGUGGAGUGGUGGCCUUCACUGGAGAUAACCCUGGGUCUCUGGCUGGUAUGAGGCUUCAAGAGGGAGAUCUAGCGGUCAGUUUGGGCACCAGCGACACGCUUUUCCUGUGGAUCCCGGAUCCCAAACCCACAGUCGAGGGCCACAUCUUCUGUAACCCGGUGGACUGCAGCGCGUACAUGGCUCUGAUAUGCUUUAAAAACGGCUCUUUCACACGAGAGAGGAUUCGUAAUGAAUGUGCUGGAGGAUCAUGGGAACUUUUCUCCAGCGCUUUGAGGUCCACGCCGAUGGGAAACAAUGGAAAUUUAGGCAUGUAUUUCGACGUGAUGGAGAUUACGCCUCCUGCUGUCGGCGUUCACAGGUUUAAUGCUGAAGGUCAAAGGGUAGCUGCCUUUGACCGCGAGGUGGAAAUCCGAGCCCUGGUUGAAGGACAGUUCUUGGCCAAACGAGUUCAUGCCGAAAAGCUGGGCUACAAGAUCAUUCAGGGCACUCGAGUGCUGGCAACAGGCGGAGCGUCAUCUAACAAGGACAUUUUACAGGUUCUGUCGGAUGUCUUCAACGCCCCGGUUUACACCAUCGACGUGCCGAACUCGGCCUGUCUGGGCUGCGCUUACAGAGCUCUGCACGGUGUGACGGCAGAAACAGGACAAUCUUUCUCAGAGACGACCCGAAGCGCUCCAGAUCCACAGCUGGCCGUGAGACCCGAACCAGGAGCUCUCGAGGUGUAUGCGCCGCUGCUGCUCAGAUACACUGCGCUGGAAGAUCAACUUCUCAAAGACUCGUAA